GGCCAGUUAUUCGGUAAGUUAACCGUGUGGUGAAAGGUGAGUUAAGACCCUACACCGCUGGGCUCCGCCAAUCAGGGAUUUUAACUUUAUCGUCAACCAGAAUUAAUUUAUAGAAAAACUGGCCCAUAAUUGACAGAAUAAUCUACCAGAUCGAUGUAAUGGUUGCAAUUGAAAAGUAAUGGAGACACCAUGGAUACGAUUCGACUGGAGAAAAGCGGUAAUUAAUGAAUCAUACUUCUCUCGAGUGAACAGAUAUUUGUCAAAAAUAUAUUUCGGCACUCAUUAGGAAAUAUACGAUCGUGCCAUAGGUGCGCAGAAUCAUGCGAUCCUAACUUGAACUCUGGGCGCUAUGUAUAAAUCCAUAAUUACGCACUUGAAUUCUGCAAAGUACAUAAAAUGUGCCUCUCAGAGAAUCGCCCUACAGUUUCACUAUAAGAUUCACACAUCGAUUGAUAUAAUAGAGGAAAAAUUGAAUGUAGGGAACAAAGCAGCAACUGACAGCCGUGAAUUAUUCUUGGGACUUCUCUAUUCCACAGAAGAACACAAAAUAUUCGGAUAUGCUCCAAAUACGAAAGUCAAAUUUGUAGUGGUCUUGCCAUCUUCAAAUGCAUCUUUUCGAGAUAAUGACGUGAGAAUGAUGUUCAGAAAACUUCAUCUAGCAUAUUCGAAUGCAGUUUGCAAUCCAUUUUACUUACCAGGGGAUGAAAUAAUAUCUAAAACAUUCGAUUCAUCGGUGAAUGAAAUAAUGGAAUUUGAAUGAUGUCUUAUUCUAAAAAUAUUCUACGUUUAUGUGAACAAUAUUAUUUAUAAUUCCCGUUGGCAUAAAUGAUUUUCGAAAACAUA